GUUCGUUAUCACAUACACACACUCUUUUGUCUCGUAUGAAUGUUCAUUAUAGGGCCAGAUCAUUAUAAUGAUUUAUAAAUCUGUAAUCAUUCAUACAGUCACACAUACAUGACGUUUCCGCCCCCUGGCUAAUUCCCCUCUUUGAAUGACGAGUCACUUCAAAAUCAACAACAGUCUCUCUAAAGUCUAAUCCUUUCUUGUAACCUUGUUCGAUAACUUCUGGAUUUGGUCUUAUUACAGAUUAAAAUGCAAAGUGCUGUACCCAAAGAUACUGUUUCGGACAGAGACAUGAUUGACCUACAGUGCGUGAUCUUGAAAGCGAAGGUUCAGAGGGUUCUAGGGAUUGUUGAGAAUGUGAAUCCUAAAACCUUACAGGAUUGUUUAGCUGGGGUUAUUGUGCCUGUAGAAGUGGAUUUUAAUGGGACUCAAGGCAAGGAAGAAACUUCCAAUGGAGUUGACAUCUCUGCAACAAGGAUUGGCAAUGGAUCUAUAAAAGGGGAUCAUGGCUCUGUAAAGAAUGAUCAUGUUUCCGCAAAUGGAGAUCAAAAUAUGAUGACGAUGAAGAAAGCUGACAAACCCGGAAAACAAGGGACCAGUGACGAGAUUGCCAAACUGAAAACUGUGAUUAGAAACCUCCGUGGAGAUAUUGAUGCCCUGGAGGACGAAAAGGAAGAACUGGAGGCGGAGAAUGGGAUCCUCAAGGAGAAUCUGCGGAGAACGAAAGCCCUUAGUGUGAUUGACGAGACCUUGAUCAAAGAGAUGCGAGAAUUCUACUACGGAGACAAGGAGGUUGCUCCGGAGGAAGAAGCGGAGAUGGCCAGGCUCAAGGCGAUCAACGUGCGCCUCAUCAAGAAGCUGUUUGAAGUUGAAGAAAAUCAAAUUAAACUUCAGGAAGAGGUGUACGAUCUGAAGAUGGUAAAUCAGAAGAUGGUGGCGGAGAGACUAGGAUUCUCAGGGCUUCCAAGAUUCUGAACAAGAAAUUAGAACAUUCUCAAGAUUAGAUCAUUGUUGGGGCUGAUUCGGAACAGUUUAAUUUUGUAUGCCAAAAUUUACUUCGGUUUGUUUCUUUGUUUUUUUCAACACAAGCUUAUUUUAGUUAGUUCUCCCAUUUAAAUUCUAAAAUUCUGGAAACACGAAUGUCCUUAUUUUGCUUAAUUAAUACCAGUGCAAGAAUUAACUGUUUCCAUUUACUUUUUUUUUAAGCAAUUCAGCAUUUUUGCAAACUCUUACUGUUAGGAAUUUGGACUUUAUACUCGAUUGUUAAUUUUUGUUAUCAUUUUUUAUUUGAUAAUGAUUCAUUCUUCUGAUAAAACUAAAUAAAAAAAAUAGUUCAUUUCAAAGACGACCCAGGGAGGGCUUUCUCAGUUUUAUUAGUUCCCAGCUCUGUGCCUUGUUUUAACAAACUGUUUUUGCUCCAGAGAAUUAUUUCUGAUUCUGACUCAUUUUCCUCAAUUGUAAAAAGUGUCCGACUUAUUUGUUCAUUUUUUAAUAAUUUCAGA